GACGCUGAAAGCGUGAAUGAACAGUUUGCGCAUGAGCAGCGAGGUCAGCAACGUAAACUUCCUGCAAAAUAGUGCUCCCUAUCAACAGACAAAGCUUUUACACAUUGGAUUCAAUUGGCGACGCUUAAAUUUAAGCGUUGUGACUUCACUCAUUCAAUGCAGGGUCCGGAAAGACUCCCCAGGCCCAGAGAGUAGGCUGUGACAGCGUGCCGUCAUGUCGGGUCGCUCUGCCGCAGAGAUGGAUGACUCGCAGGAGCUGCCGGCAAAGAAAGCAAAGCUUGACUUAGACCACAGACUGGAAAAAGACCAAAGUAAUUUGGGUGAUGAUGGAAGCCCUGACGCCGUGUUGGCUCCGUCGGAGCAGGCGAGCUCUUACACCGCCCUGUCCAUCUCCCAACUUGACACAGGGGAUCCGGAGCAGUCUGAAGCAGAGAGAGGGGCGGCGCCUCCAACAUGUGGCGACUCCUUGAACUCGUAUGCACAUUCUGCCACAGACACAACAGCAGCAUCAGAAUACACCCAGCAAGUCUAUGAAGGAAGCAACCCCGUGGUGACAUCAUACCCCAGCCAGGUGGCCUUCCCUCCGCUGGCCCAGUCCACUGUAUACUCAGCUUUCCCCCAGACAGGGCAGACAUAUGGCCUCCCUCCCUUUGGUGCUAUGUGGCCAGGCAUAAAAACAGAGACAGGUCUGCCAGAGGCGCCCUCUGGUGGCCAGCCUGGGUUUCUCAGCUUCAGCACCACAUAUACCUCAAGCCAGCCAAGCCAGCUGCACUACUCAUACCCCAGCCAAGGCUCAAGUUUCACAACAUCCAGUGUGUACUCCAACAUCCCAUCAGCUACAGCUGCAACAACAGCAUCCACCACAGUGGCGCUCCAGGAAUUCAGCUACAACUCUCUGGGACAGAGCCAGUUCUCCCAGUACUACAGCCUGCCUCCCAGUUACGUGCCCGCCGGCCUUCCCAGCACUGACGACCACAGCGCCACUGUGGGAGGGGCUGUGUACUCUGCAGUCAAGUCGGAGGAGGCCGCCUCGGCCGGACUACCCCCCAGAGAUGCGUCCCCACCGGAGAACCUGCCAGCAGGCGCGGCUCUGCCCACCAGCGUGGCUCAUCCGGCGGGAGCUAGAGACCAAGAUGACGUUGGACGCAGGAACUCUGUGGGGAAAGCUAAAGGAAAAGGCAAAAAAUGCGACAGCUCCCCACCUACUGAUACCGACUUGGAGCGAAUCUUUCUAUGGGAUCUGGAUGAGACCAUUAUUAUAUUCCACUCACUGCUCACAGGCUCCUUUGCGCAAAAGUUUGGCAAGGAGCCAGCAACCAUGCUGAACUUGGGCUUGCAGAUGGAAGAGUUUAUCUUUGAGCUGGCCGACAACCAUCUUUUCUUCAACGACCUGGAGGAAUGUGACCAAGUCCAUGUUGAGGAUGUGGCCUCUGAUGACAAUGGCCAAGAUCUAAGUAAUUACAACUUCUUAGCGGAUGGAUUUAAUGGUCCCAGUGGUGGAGGGGCAGCAGGGGCCACUACAGGCGUCCAGGGAGGCGUGGAGUGGAUGCGCAAACUGGCUUUUCGCUACCGCCGCCUAAAAGAGAUUUACAAUAACUACAAGGGAAAUGUAGGAGGCCUGUUGAGUCCCAUGAAGCGGGAGCUGCUUUUACGACUGCAGUCUGAUAUCGAAAACGUAACAGACUCGUGGCUUAACACUGCACUCAAGUCUCUGCUGCUCAUCCAGUCCAGGGGGAAGUGUAUUAAUGUCUUGGUCACCACCACUCAGCUGGUUCCAGCUCUGGCUAAAGUGCUGCUCUACGGUCUGGGAAAUGUCUUCCCCAUUGAGAACAUCUACAGCGCCACAAAAAUAGGUAAAGAAAGUUGCUUCGAGAGGAUCGUCUCUCGCUUUGGGAAGAAAGUGACGUAUGUUGUCAUAGGUGACGGACGUGAUGAGGAGUUUGCAGCCAAACAGCACAACAUGCCUUUCUGGCGGAUCUCCACUCACGGUGACCUCGUGUCCCUGCACCAAGCUCUGGAACUGGACUUCUUGUAAAAGAAGAGGAAGGAGAGGGAGUGGGGCAGAGGCACAUUCAAUGGUGGGGGGGACAAAAAAAAUCUAGUUAGCAGUCAUCGUUUGUGGAGUGACGGUAAUCAACGCUGCACGCUGACGCUUUUAAUGUACCGAGGGAGCCGACAGGCCGGGUGACCAAUUGGCCGCUUUAAAACAUCCUCCCCACGCCCAGCACUCCCUGUUCUUUGGCAGCUAAUCUCGCCACAGAUAAAACUGGUACCCCAUCACCUCCCACACCUCCUCGUUUCAAAUUACCAAAGGGCCUUCACUUCAUGUGCGCAGGUUUCGUUUUUCCAUCCAAAAAAAAUUGUAUUUCUAGGCUGAUUUGCACUCGUUCUGUUUGCACUCAUUUUGCCGACAUUCAUCAAGUUAACCUCAGACAACUGACAACUGGGACCGCCACAGUGUGUUGUGUAUGCGAGAACCCGAGCAAGCUGGACUGGAAGUAGUGUGGACUUAUUUUCUGCCCCAUUGUUCUUAGCGUUCAUCAUAAAGUUUUAAGUUUUGGCCCUGUGGGAAUGACGGAAAAGAAAUGAAAUAUUCAUCUGUUGGCGCCUUUGGCUUCCUUCUAGCACAAGCCCAAAGUGUCCUUCAAGUGGAAUCAUUGAAUUAUUUGUUGGCCGUUUGUGUAGGGACGAAUGUGAUCCUUGUAAAUAUUUUUUGUUUUUUUUAAAUAUUCCCUCAGCCUGACACCGUUCGUAUCCAAGAAGACACUUUCUCUCUUUACAGAAAUUACUGGACAUUCAAAUCACCUCGUUGAUUACAAAUUAGCUAGCACGUCACAAGUUUAUAUUUAUUCCUCUAAAACACAAACUGGAUGCAAAUGAAUGUUAAAAGAUUUUGUUCACUAAAUAAAAAAUGUCAUUUGAUUUUGGAAAAACCUAAAGCUGAAACAGGAAAUUGUCUUUGGACUUUUGGUACAUGAUUCAAAAGGCAGGGGUGUCCAAAAUGUGUUUGGUUGUUGUUGUCGCAGUCUAAAAAUACACUUGAUUAUUCAAAAGGUUCAAGUAAGGCCUCCAUAAGAAAUAAUGUAGAUCCAAUUAAUCCCUUCCAGACACAAAAAUUGCAUUACAAAGAGAAAACAUAGUUUUACAUGCAGGAAAAAAAUGCUUAAUAAUCUUAAAUGACUAAUACAGAACUUAAUGUUGAUAUGAAUUUGCAAUACAGAUACAAUACAUUUUCUACCGCUUUUUCCUCACGAGAGUUGCGGAGCCUAUAGGCUAUUGCUGGAGCCUAUCCCAGCUGUCUUCGGGCGAGAGGCGGGGUACACCCUGGACUGGUCGCCAGUCAAUCACAGGGCACAUAUAGACAAACAACCAUUCACACUCACAUUCAUACCUAUGGACAAUUUGGAGUCGCCAAUUAACCUAGCAUGUUUUUGGAAUGUGGGAGGAAACCGGAGUACCCGGAGAAAACCCACGCAUGCACGGGGAGAACAUGCAAACUCCACACAGAGAUGGCCGAGGGUGGAAUUGAACCCUGGUCUCCUAGCUGUGAGGUCUGCGCGCUAUCCACUAGACCGCCAUGCCCCCCAUCAAAUUCAAGUUUUACUUUUUCAUGAAAUUGCUGACAGCUUUCUUUGGCCCCAUGGCAGAUUAUUUGGCAGCCACAAUACAAAACGUGCAAAAUUUUUGAUGAAAUUUGGCAAAGUGAGGAAAAAGUCAAUGCUGUCCGAUAUGCCGAUAUUUCCGAUACUGAUAUGUGUAACAUGAAAUACACAUGUGUUGUAAACAUUUAUUAAAUAUCGGUUUUCAUGAUCGGAGGGGGAAAAAAAUCUGAUAGUGAUAAACAAAUAUCGCAGUUUUAUGCUGAUAUCAGGCCGAUAAUUAUCGGACAUCUCUUCUAAUAAGACAAACCUGAUCGUUGCAAUUUGGACACCCCUGCCAUAAGGGAUUGAAGCGGUACAAAACGAGUGCAAUACAUCCAUUGAUUUGCUUAUUAACUGUAGCUAAAAAAAAAAAUAAAGGGUCAACUCUCGUGCGAUGACUGAACAAUUCUGAGCCUGAAGAUUUCAUCUUUACACAUCUGCAGCUUUUUAGACCGUUACGAAUGUUUGUUUGCAUUUGUUUUUGUGUGUGACGUUUGCAUAUUUAUAUUGUGCCUUUAACCAUCAUCUGUAUGCAUCAUCUAGAAAAAGGGAAAUGUGUACAAUUUUUUUGUUAAGUACUCGUAUUAUGUUAUCCUAAGUGUUAUAUGCCUCCUUUUUAUGGCGUUUUCUUUCUCCUGAGGUAUCUUUAAAUUCUUUUUUUGUUGUUGUUGUUAAUGGAUGUUGUCAUUUUGCUCUAUGUUCAGAUGUCGGCAAGCUGUGUCAGCAGUGGCAAUCCCGUUUUGUUUUUAUUUUAAAUAUACUCAAGAAAUGACGUGUGCUCUGUAUUACUGUUGAAAAGAUCUCAUGAAGUUGCUUUGGUAUCAUGACUGGCUUGGAGACAAUCAGUAGGUAAUACGUAGUAUUACUGGCAUGGGGAUUACUAAAGUGAUCAAACAAAGUUACAUUUGUCUUACUUUUCACUUUCUGUAUAAUCUUCUGCUGAUAUUAUGCAUUCUCACAUCAGCAUGUCAUGUCUUUUUCCGUAAAUAAUUGAGAUUCCCAAAAGUUAAUAUGUGUUUUGUCAUCAUGUGGGUAACCUGUGAGGGUCUCUUUAGACCAAUGUAGCAGUUUUGGGACAUUGACACAUCUCACUAAGGAGUUCUUGUGCACCGAUGAUAAAAAGGCAGCACAUUGACCAGCGUCUUUGCUUAUUUUUUU